UGUUGAUCUGCCAAGAUAACAGGGCCUUGCUGUCCACCCCCCACAGUUCAAUGCCACAUCACCUUCGAGAUGACAUCCAUCAACAGAACAUGGCCAAUCAUGCACUUGCUGACAACAGAACCAAGCUUGCCGGACGCAACGCUCACCUCAGCAACAUGCAGGUGGAACCGGUAUUUCUAAUCUGCAAGAUCAAUCAUCGGGAUGACACAGUAAAGCCGAGCGUGCCAAACGCCGCUCCGUUCCAGCGUGAUGGCUUUCGAAAACACAUAUGAGUCCGCGGUCACACACACAUGCCUCACUGCCAUGUUCUACCUGAGUCUUCAAACCUGUUGUCCUCUCCACAAACAGCCGUGAUCAUGGAUCACCUCGUUCAACGACCCCUCUUCCCAACACCUGACAAGCUCGACCUUGUCAUCCCUUGCCUACUGGCCUCUGCCACUGGCUUUCUCUCCCACACCCUCUACUUUAUCCGCGGCUUUCACGAUACCUCGGCACUGCGCAUUUUUCUCGUCCACUUCACCACCUUCCUAUGCCUAACAGCCUACUCAAUCACUCAGCUCAGCGUUUUCCCCGGUCUGAUCACCUCCACAGCCAUUUCCCUCUCGUACCUGACCACCCUAUUCACGAGCAUAAUCACCUACCGGCUCUUCUUCCACCCCCUCCGACACAUACCAGGCCCGUUUCUCGCAAAAAUAACAAAGCUAUACGGUCCAUACACCGCGCGCAAUGGUCAAAUGCACCUCGAGCAAACAAAACUCUUCAAAAAAUAUGGCAACUUUGUGCGCAUCGCACCCAACGAGGUGUUUAUGUUGAGUGUAGAGGGGAUACAAAAGAUUCAUGCCAGAGACAGCGGAUGUCGCAAGUUGAACGCGGGCAUAUACAAUGUGAUUCACUUCAAGGGGGCGCAUAAUCUCAACUCUGUGCUUACCAGGGAGGAGCAUGGGCCGAGAAGGAAGAUUUGGGAGAGGGCGUUUACCACCAAGGCCCUCGCGAUCCACGAGCCCAAAACACGAGAAGUCUGUCAUCGAUGGUUGAACAAGAUUGCGAGCUUGAACGGGCAACCGAUCAAUACUUCGUUGUUCUCGCUGCUGAUCCCGUUUGAUCACAUGGGCAAGGUUGGGUUCAGCUAUGAGUUUAGGAGUAUUGAGGCUGGGGAGGAGAACAGGAUGCUGCAUUUACUGGAGAGCUUGUUUGGGCAGUUUGGACGAACGGGGGAGCUUUGCUGGCCGUUGAGCAUUGCUAAGGAUCUGAACUUGGGAAAGGAGUCGGCGGAGUUUGAUCGGUUGACAAUGGAGAUGGCUGAUCGGAGGGCUGCGGAAGAAGACAGCAACAAGGGGGACAUCCUGCAGCACUUUUUGGAUGACAUGAGAUCAGAGAAGCCGGUUGCCUUUUUCAACAAGAAUAUCUUUUAUUCAGACUCGGCUUUGGUCUUGAUUGGGGCUACUGACACCAUCGGCGUGGUGCUUUCAUAUCUCUUCUACCACCUCGCCCGCCAUCGAGUCUAUCAGGAUCUCCUUCAUUCCCACAUCAAGAAGGUCUACGGCGAGACUAUCCCAGAGGAAUUCACAGACCGAGACCUCUCCAAGAUCCCGCUUCUGGAUGCACUUAUUAAUGAGACGAUGAGGCUAGAUAACCCCGUGGCCAAUAACGGACCGAGACUUACACCACCUGAGGGGAUCACCGUGGACGGCAUUCACAUUCCAGGCGGUGUAGCUGUUCGAGUGCCGGGAUACGCGCUUCAUCGAAGCGAAGAGUUUUACCUGGCGCCCGAAGAGUUUAAGCCGGAGAGAUGGUUGGAUCAAGCAAAGUUUGUAAAGGACCGUGAGGCGUUCAUUCCGUGGUUGGUUGGACCAAACAAUUGUGUUGGAAAGAGAAUGGGCAUGGCCGUUGUUCGACUUGUGUUGGCCUACACCGUCUACAGCUACACCUGGAACUCUGCGCCAGGUGAGGACGGAAAGAGGAUCUACUCGGAGUCGAAGGACAACUUGAUCUUGAAGGCUGGGACGUUCAACGCCGUGUUCACACCAAGAGAACCUGGAGGGCUGAGCUAUGUUCCGAGGCAGUGAUCGACAUUUGGUCGAUACAAGUCAAACACAUGAUACCGGACGGUACAAACGUAACUCGAUAUCUACCGUUUACUGAUUCUACAAAGCUCCCUUCCCCAUAAUCUUCUCAACCGGUUCCAGAAUUCUUGUCAUGCUCUUCUCUCCCGGCAACGCAUCAACCCAGUUGCCAUGAAUCUGCCCCUUUAUCCUAAAGGGUAAUUGGACCACUGCCACCGGGUUCCCAAAGUCCCUUGUAUCCAACACCACCAAAUCACUCCUGUUGACAUCCAUCCUCUGAAUCAUCCCCAGCACCCAACCAUCACCCUCCGGCGCAUCCUUUGUCCUGGGCACAAAGAUUGGCUCCUCCACUGUGCACCCCUGGCCAGGAUCAAACCUACCAACCUUCCCGCUGGGCUUGUCAAGCAUAACGUAUGCAUGCAGACCAAUAGGUAGAAUUGGUGGGAUAGGUCCCUGCUUCCCUGGGGGGAUAACAGGACAGAAAAGCUUGUCGUAUGGCUUUGUCAAGAAGCGCUCAUCAACCCUGGCCAUUUCUCCAGGCAUAUCCAAGAUCACAGCAGGGUCAACAACGCGAGUGUUGGUUGGUUUGGUGAGGUCGAUCUCCCACCUGACAUAAUCAGCCUGGAAGUCUCCAAAUGGCUUGUCAGUUGGCGGGCCAAAGACAGGAAAAAGGUUGUAGCGGAUCCGCGAGCUCUCAAAAUAGAGCCUCACGUCACCGUUCUCGGCUGUUUCCUCCCACGACCCGGCUGUGUGGAGAAGGACGGCAUGAUCCGAGUGGUAGACUCUGGUCUCUCCCUUCUUCCAUCCAGCAGGAAGGUCGUUGGGGUGUCGAGGGACAACGACGAAUGUUGCUGGGAGGUCCUUGCUGUAGAUCCAGUGCUGACCACCCUUCUUCAUGUGGUCUACGUCAGUUUUGUAGGGCCACAGAACCAGGAUGAUGAAGUUGGCGGUGAGAGCACAGUCGUGGAUGAAUGCGGGCCACGGGCUCUUGAUCCACUGCUCAUCGUGAAUUGCACCUUGCUCGUCGAGGGCGUAGAUGACGACGUCGUCUGUGCCGAGGCCCUUCGCUUCGUAACCGAACACAACUAGCUCUCUUGUAUACGGGUCAACCUUGGGAUGGGCAGAGAAUGUCAAGCCUGGGGAGUUGAAGGGGUCGUAAGUGAUUGUUUCGAGCGUGUCGGGGUGGACUUGAUAGGGGUGCGCAGAUUCUUUGAGGGCGAGAAGCUUUCCAGCCCAGUAGACGAGGUUGGUGUUGGCGGUGCUGUCCACAGCUGCGCGGACACAGGGAUGAUGUGUGAAAGGAUUACGAUACAAUCCGAAUAAGCGCUUGUUGGCUUGACGCUCCAGCCUCUGUGUGAAUGCGACACGUCAGCCAACUGACCACGGAGCGAACAGAGAGCAGAUAUGCAACUGGACUUACGAGGCGUUCAGUGUCGACGUAGCGGAUCUUUAGAUCGACCCGGCCAUCUUUGAUGCGCAGGGCACAUACGUUCCCGUCACCUUCUAUAGGUGCAUUGCCUUCUUGGAGGGGGUAAAAUGGAUCAACCAUGAUGCGGUCUGUAUGAGCACUCUCGUCAGCGUGUGUUUCUUUGACAGAAAGAGACAGCAAACACCGAGCAACUUACAGAAGGUUCCGUUGAGCUCCUUGGGGAUCUCGCCGAACACCACUAGAUCGGUCACCUCGCCCUCGAAGCGUCCCACGACGCCGUGCUCAAAGGGAGACCUGACGCUGGACCAUGAUGAAUGCAGCCCAAAGAACCCAUUUGGGCCGUUGGGGUUAGGUGGUGGGGGGAGCCUUAGGUGCCUUGAGGUCUUUGGUCAUCAAUAUAUGCAUCGACACGAGCCUCUCUGUUUGAAUAACUUGGGUUGAUAUCAACUCGC